UUGACAGAUUAUAACAGUGUGCAUGCGUUCGUCCACGUGAACUCUUUAUUGCGUCUGGAGUAUAUUUGUGUGUGUUCAUACCGGUCAUGUUUUGACAGCUGCCAAAAUAGGGUUAAAUAGAUGCAAUAAAAAACAUCAUUAGUAGAUAAGAUUAGGAGAGCCGCCGUAAACAUCUGUAUUUUUCAACACAUAACUUGUCAGACAAGAUCUAAUUGCAGAAGAAUCGAACUACAAAAAUCUUGCCAUGAUUUCAUUUUUAUUUUAUUAAAGAUAUUAUUGCUAUCUUAACGAUGCAGACUGUAAGGUCCUCUUAUAAACUACAUUUCACUAAGUGUCUGUCAAGAAUGGCAGGGAAAGAUGCAAAGGUGGAGUCAAAAUCAGCAGACGUGGUAAGGCAAGGAUUUAUGGUUAAACGUUCUCAAAACAAGAAACGUUUCACUCCUGUUAACUACAAACAACGUUGGUUUGUACUAACACGUCGUCAUCUAGUUUAUUACGAUAGCGAUAGUGAGCGGCGCAAAGAACGAGGUCGUAUAGCGAUUGAAACAGUUCAUGUGGUAGAAACAGCAAAUCUUGGUAAUAAUUCUGGAUGUGGGAGUGGGAAUGCAAAAAUAGAUACAACUGGUAAUGACUCAGGUAGUAGCGGAGGUAAUGUACCACCUGGACUACCAUUCCAGAUAGGUUAUCGAGAAGCUGGACAAGAAUAUAUUCUUUAUCUUCUCGCUGCACGGGAACAAGAUAGAUCUGAAUGGAUACGUGCUAUUCGUGCUGUAUGCUGUGAAAAUCCAAGUUUAAGCGAUCGUUAUCACGUGGGCUUGUGGAGCGGUAAACGUUGGUCUUGUUGCCGUUUGUUAACACGAUCUGCGGAAGGUUGCGAUACAUGCAGUUCUUGGUCUUUGAAUCUCGUGACAAACGCUCCAGCGUGUCCGCUACGAACAGUAACUUCUACUACAGGAAACGUCACUGCUUCGAUUGUCAUUCCACCAGCGGAUUCAACUAUUCAAACGACUAACGCUGAAACGAACAACAAUCCAAUCAUUCAAUCUCAAGCGUGUUCUACCUUUGGUACUCCUUCAACUCCAAUAAUGCCGGGUGGAACGCCUGGUACUCCAUCUUCUAAAAAUAAAGACAAAGUAGUUACUAGAGCAAAGGUUGUGGUGGCUUUGUAUCCUUUUCGUGCAAUAGAAGCUGGUGAUCUUUCUCUUGAAAAGGGUGCAGAAUAUGAGGUAUUAGAUGAUUCUCAAGAACACUGGUGGAAGGUGAAAGAUGAGCAUGGAUCAAUUGGUUAUAUUCCUAGUAACUACGUGAAAGAAAAAGAACUCCUAGGAUUGCAAAAAUAUGAAUGGUAUGUAGGUGAUAUGUCAAGACAACGAGCUGAAUCUUUACUGAAACAGGAAGAAAAGGAGGGAUGUUUCGUCGUUCGUAAUUCUUCAACGAAAGGUCUUUAUACACUUUCACUUUAUACCAAAAUUCCACUUCCACAUGUUAAACACUAUCAUAUAAAGCAAAGUACUCGAGGGGAGUUUUAUCUCUCGGAAAAGCAUUGUUGCAGUUCGAUUCCUGAUCUUGUUAAUUAUCAUCGACAUAAUAGUGGAGGACUUGCGAGUCGAUUAAAAACAAGUCCUUGUGAUAGACCAGUUCCACCUACUGCCGGCCUUAGUCAUGAUAAAUGGGAAAUAGAUCCAGCAGAACUACACUUAUUAGAUGAACUAGGCUCGGGUCAAUUUGGAGUAGUACGAAGAGGAAAAUGGCGUGGUUCCAUCGACGUUGCUGUGAAAAUGAUGAAAGAAGGAACUAUGUCUGAAGAUGAUUUUAUAGAAGAAGCAAAAGUCAUGACGAAGCUACAGCAUCAAAAUCUCGUUCAACUGUACGGUGUUUGCAGUAAAGACAGACCAAUAUAUAUUGUCACAGAGUAUAUGCGGCAUGGAUCUCUUCUCAACUACCUCCGUCGUCAUGAAGCUACUUUAGGUGCAAACGUUGGUCUUUUGCUGGAUAUGUGCAUACAGGUCUGUAAAGGAAUGGCAUAUUUGGAGAGACAUAACUAUAUCCACAGAGACCUAGCAGCACGCAAUUGCUUAGUUGGAUCUGAAAACGUAGUGAAAGUGGCUGAUUUCGGUUUGGCAAGAUAUGUUUUAGAUGAUGAGUAUACCAGUAGCGGGGGUACUAAAUUUCCAAUUAAAUGGGCACCGCCGGAAGUAUUGAACUAUACUCGAUUCAGUUCAAAAUCAGAUGUCUGGGCGUACGGAGUACUGAUGUGGGAAAUUUUUACCUGUGGAAAAAUGCCUUAUGGUCGUCUCAAGAAUACCGAAGUUGUCGACAGAGUUCAACGUGGAAUUAUAUUAGAACGACCGAAAGCUUGCUUCAAAGAAGUUUAUGAGGUAAUGCGGAAAUGUUGGGCACACUGUCCAGAAGUUCGACCUUCUUUUCGUGUUCUUAAGGAACAGCUGAUUAGCGUUUCUCAAGGGCUUCUCAAUGAUUGACUCAACCUUCUCCGGUGUAUGCG